AUGAAAUUAUCAACAAUUGCGCCUUCACUUGAGCCAUAUAUUGCUAACAAGUCAUACUGGUCUCAAGAUUUCUUAAAAAUUCUCGACGACAUUACGGAUGCCGACAGGCACCUGGGAUAUUUACCUUCUAAGGAUGGAGUAACUCCACAAAGUUCAUCAUUUGACCCCGAAGGGCAAGGUUUACUUCACGGUGCUAUUGCGAAGUCCUCUUCUACUGUGGGUCUGUUCUCCUAUUACCCGGAAGAAUCAAGAGAAGAAUCUCUACAGCCUAGUCAGCUCUCUUAUGGCUCAAUCGCUACUGCCGGUAAUGAGUUAAAAAAUGAUGUGACUUCAAUCUCUACCACUUCCAUAGGAAAGCUUCCACGAUUGGUUUACAACAAUGAGGAAUUGGCUGAGGACGACGAGGAUGGGUCUGAGCUAAAUGAUGAGUUGCUACGAGCUUUUCUUAUUUACUUUGAUGGGUUAUCUCAUGCAGAUGUCAACAUGUCGGAUGAAAGGCCUCAUGCUACAGCUGGCAUUCACAUUGUUUGGUAA